AUGCCGGCUUCCUCGUCGACGGUGGUAACGUAUCCUGAUGGAGCCUUUGCGUUGGUAAACCGUCGCGGUCGGCCGGUUUGGCUCACCUCCCAUCGCCUGAGGGUGCCGAACCUCGGCCUGGUGGUGUUCGAGGCUGCCGGCGACCACGACAUUGUUUGUCUGCUCUGUCACCGCUCAACUGGUGUCGAUGCGGACUCGCGGGUCGAGACACAGGCACAAGGCUCGCGAGCCUGCUUCGAGAUAUCCUUUCAAAGCCAUCGACGGACGCGAACGCUUCUUCGGGAGCAUGGCGUUGUCCGCCAAGAGUACAUAUAUGAGCGUCCUGCACUGGGACGCAAUGCGAGCCAGGAGUCACAUGCUGGACCCCGUGGAGCUGCUUUGCCUUUUCCCGGGCAUUCUGUAGCGACUGGUGGCCCGUUCACCAAUGCAGGAAGAGAUAUCGCCCCGCUCUCACAAGAGUUCCUCAAUGGACAAAGUCGGCAACGCUACUGGGUCGCGCUCUCGCCGGAAUAUGUUGCCGCUGGUCUCGGUUGGCCGGGCGAGUCGUCUCACCUCCAUUACCGGCGAAUGCGGCGUGAGCAAACGACAACAGUUGCUACGGGAAGCGUGCUGGACGCUUUCACCGAAUCAUGCCCCAUUCAAUGGAUUGGCUUCUCUUGCUGGGACACCGCGGUCAUCUUCUAUCGAGUCGAUGUCCUGCAUCUGCCGCAGGUUCGGCUGCUACCGUGGAUAGCUGCUGCUGCUGCUGCUGCUGCUGCUGCUGAACAAGAGGAAGAAGAAGGCUCUACAACAGCGCUCGGAGACGGCGUUCAUGGCAGUGCGCAGGCUCGGGUGCGCUGCGAGCACGCGACGAGCCCGCUGCCUUCACGUGCACAAGACGCGAGCCUUCGUCGGCAGGCUGGACCCCUGCGCUCAACAACACGCCCGCCAAUACCUGAUCAGGGAGAUGCAGAGAACGGCACGGGCCAGAAAGCAUCCCAGCAUCGAUCGAGCAGCGACCUGGUGCUCUUCUGGUGUGCCAAGGAUGCCGUGUACGUGCCUGCGUGGACGACGGGUGCUGUGCCCGCUCCAGCAAAUCGAUCACCGAGAAAAUUGUCAGUGGAGCUCGAAGCACUCGCACUGAGAAACACAGAUGAAAGCAUUAAGAAUCGUAAGAACAGUAACAGCAGCACUAGCAGUCACCACGGAACGAAGCAGCACAUCAACACCAACACCAGUGACGUGCCUGGCGAGUGGGUACCCGUAUGGGCGCCACGGCAGCAGCUCAUCGCCGUGUCGCCGGUAUUUCGGGCACUUCUCGAGACCUCGGGCAUGCGAGAGAGCCGAUCACUCACCAGCACAUGCCCCGGUGCUGGGGCACCACCCGAAUCGGAAACGGUGGUAAAGCAGCCGGACCCUCUGUGUGGCAUCAUGCUACCUAGCGUGUCGGCAGGGUGUCUGCGCACCGCGCUGCAGUUCCUCGAACGAUACCCCGGAGAAGCGAAAACCCCGUAUCGAGAGCACUGGACUCCGGAACAGGCCCUAGCGCUGCUCUGUUUCGCUGAUACUUUUCAAUGGGAUCACCUUGAAUGCGAAGCAGCCCGAGCACUGGUGCACCAUAUGCGCACAUUGAGUGAGCAUCACUUGCCGUGGACUGCAGCUGUCGCGGAGACAGCUCUGCGACUGAGUCGUUCGGAUAUGCUCCUCACCGCCUGGGAAGCGAUGGCGCGUUCACUGGAUCACUGCUGGGACCUGAUGCAAACCGACAUGACGGGCAGCAGUAGCAGCAGCAGCGGCAGCAGCAGCGAGAGCAGUUGCGAUACCAGUCACUGUUGUGCGAGUACGGCAGACGCGCGCCCGUCGGUACCAAGUGCCGAACAAAACGUGUCACCACAGUGGCAUUCUCCUGCGUCGCCCGACGAACAGGAAGCGAGCGUGCCAGUACCUCCCUGGGUACCCGCGGAGGUGCAGACCGGCAUCCUCGAAGGCCAGAGUAGAGGUGCAGCGUGCGCUUCGGCCUCGAGCACCUCGACACCGCCAGAGGAUCCCAACGCCCUUGUCGAGGCGACACUGCAGCGUCUGGACUUGUACUGCCUCCUUGGUAUGCUUUCGUUCUGGAAUCGACCUGAGGCAUCGCUCGUGCUACUGCAGCAGUGGCUCGACACGCGCGCCCAGGCACCAACGUGCACGAAAGUCGACACACCCGAGCAGCUGGUACUCAUGGGAUCACCGGGGACAGCAGCAUCUGCGGUAGGGCCUGCUGCCGACGCCGCUGCAAAGCGAGCGAAUAUGCUUUUGGAAUGGGCUUGUGCAUUCGCAGCAGCUGCCGAUGUUUCGAGUCUGGAGCACCAUAUCGAACGACACGAAAUCGACGAGCAUUGCUUGCCGAGCCUCGAACUCAUUGACGAGGAUCAUCUGUUCUAUAGGCCGAGAGUUUGUGUGCCGCCGCAGCUGGACACAUUCGUGGACGAACACGUGUCGCUAGCCGUGGCUUGUUCAGUACUCCAACCGUCGCCAUGGAGUCGCGAUCCAGUGAAUAUGCCACCAGACGGACGAAACUGGCAGCACGUCUUUGUGCGAUAUCUACCGGGAACAGAAGCCAAUGGUAUCCUGUCGUUUCUCGGGACGCUUCCCCAGGGACGCGUGUGGAGAAAUCCGCAUCGAACUGGUAUGGUGCGCAUCACCGCUUCCUCGUUACUGAACCUGAACUGCGAACUACUCUGCGAUCAUCUGGGGCGUGCUGCCCAUAGCUUUGUCGCUCCGAGGCGGACCAAGGAGCCAGCCAGACGUUCGUUGCCUGUAUACGACGACAACGACGACGACGUGGAUCGUGCGACGCUUUCUUCUGGGCGUGCUGCGCGACAGCACAGCGGUUCGAUAACACAGACGGGACCAGUGACCGCUCUGCAAGAGUCGAACGACAAUGACAAUGACAAUGACACUGCAUGGGUCUCUAUUGACUUGGGUGCUUUGCGUCGCGUUCGCUUGACGCAUUACGCUUUACGUCAUGAUGAGCGCGAUGGUGAAUACCUGCGUGAAUGGAUUCUUGAAGGCAGACCCGACGACAACGAUCAUGUCGAUUUCGAGAAUCAGAAGCUUGACAAGGCGCACACUCAAGCCGGUGGACCUACGCAGGUCGCCUGCGCUUGCUCAGCACCGUCGACAUCGUCGCAGCGGAUACGGCAAACGAACGCCACCCAUGGGUUGCCCUGGGUAGUGCUCCAGCACCAGCACCACGAUGAACGGCUGACAAGUCCACAUGCGUUCGCUGUCUGGUCGCUGGGCGCAGUGCCGAACAAGCCAAGCAGAGCGUGGACUGGUGUGCAUCCGCAUGACAAGCGGGGCGCUGCUGCUGGUGCUUCUGAAGCUGCCGUUGCUGGUGCUGCUGCUGCUGGUGCUGUUGGUGCUGCUGGUGCUUCUGAUGCUGCCGGUGCUGCUGCUCAGGCACCAUUGCUGCGCUACAUUCGCUUACGAGCUCUGCGAAAUAGUUCAGGUACAGAUCGACUGGUACUGGCGUCAUGGGAGUUUUACGGGCAAGUAUGGUGGCGCAGCAGCGACGUGAGUGAACGUCUAAACCUCUGA